AACACGCAGGCGCGGGGGCGCGUGCCCUGCGCUACCAGCUCUGAUUGGCUGCCUCGGGUGAGGGCGCCGCCCAAUGGGAGGCGUGGAUAGUGAGGGGUCCCACACGCCUGCUGCGGAGGGUCCGUGUCAAGAGCGGCAGGGGCUGCUUGGAGAUACCCUCCUGUAGUAGCUGCGACAGGCUGAGACACGGGAUCAUGAAAGACUGAGGUAUAAACACUGAAGUAAGACUGGAUUGACAGACGGGCACUGCCUUCCCCAGAAUGGCAGAGAUGGUGGCAGAGGCAGCUGAGAUGCCAACACCGUCACCGGGAUCAGUGGAAAUUUCCACCCCUGUGUCCGGAGCGCUGGCGGAGCUGGCAACAGCAGUGACUGAGAUGACCCCCGGGGAGGCCCUGGCCUCGUCCCUCUUCUUCCAGCACCACCAGUUCAUGUGCUCUGAGUGUGGCAGCCUCUACAACACCCUGGAGGAAGUCCUCUCCCACCAGGAGCAACACCUGCCCACCAUGGCAGAGGAGGAGGUGCUGACUACCCAGGACGCGGGCCUGGAGCCUGAGCUAGUGCCUGGCACUGGGGAGGGGCCUUUCCAGUGUGGUGAAUGCAGCCAGCUCAUCCUCUCCCCCAGUGAGCUCCUGGCACACCAGGAUGCCCACCUGCAGGAGUCUGCGAGCCAGAUCCAGUACCAGUGUGGAGACUGCCAGGAGCUCUUCCCCUCACCGGAGCUGUGGGUAGCUCAUCGGAAGACACAGCACCUUUCCAGUACGGCAGACGAGCCUCCAGUGCUGCCUCCUUUGCCUCCCCCAACCCCGCCACCCCCGCCGGCAGAAGUCAAGAUGGAGCCCUAUGAGUGUCCGGAGUGUUCCACCCUCUGCGCCACCCCUGAAGAGUUCUUGGAGCACCAGGGCACUCACUUUGACUCCCUGGAGAAAGAAGAGCGCAAUGGGUUGGAGGAAGAGGAGGAGGAAGGGGAGGAGGAGGAGGAGGAGGAAGAGUCAGAGGAGGAGGAAGCCGCUGCAGAGCUCACUGCUGAUGACACGGGAGGUGACAGGUCCACCGCGGAUCCAGCUCAGGGCUGUGGGGAUUGUUCCCAGCACUGCGCCUCCUCAGGUGCACGCCGCCGACACCGACGGGCAUCUCGGGGCCUAGCAUCUGCCACCCACCCCUACCACUGCAGCCAGUGUCAGCGCAGCUUCAGCUCUGCCAACAGGCUGGUGGCUCAUGGACGGGCCCACGUGGGUGGCACCCACGAGUGUACUACCUGCUCCAAGGUCUUCAAGAAGGCGGCCUCUCUGGAGCAGCACCAGCGGCUGCACCUCGGGGAGGCCCGCUACCUGUGUGUGGACUGCGGCCGUGGCUUCGGCACUGAGCUCACACUGGUGGCCCACCGGCGGGCCCACACUGCCAACCCACUGCACCGCUGCCGCUGCGGCAAGACCUUCAGCAACAUGACCAAGUUCCUUUACCACCGGCGAACGCACACCGGCAAAAGCGGAACCCCCACCAGGGCAGCAGCUGGCUCCCCGGCUCCGGCGGAGCCCACGCCCCCACCUCCACCCCCGCCUGCCCAGCUGCCCUGUCCACAGUGCCCCAAGUCCUUUGCCUCGGCCUCCCGGCUUUCCAGGCACCGGCGUGCCGUGCACGGCCCCCCUGAACGCCGGCACAGGUGCGGGGUGUGUGGCAAGGGCUUCAAGAAGCUGGUCCAUGUGCGCAACCACCUGCGGACACACACAGGCGAGAGGCCCUUCCAGUGUCACUCCUGCGGCAAGACCUUCGCUUCCUUAGCCAACCUCAGCCGCCACCAGCUGACCCACACAGGCGUGCGUCCCUACCAGUGCCUGGACUGCGGCAAGCGCUUCACACAGAGCUCCAACCUACAGCAGCACCGGCGGCUACACCUACGGCCAGUGGCCUUUGCACGUGCCCCUCGUCUUCCCAUCACCGGUCUCUACAACAAGAGCCCCUACUACUGCGGAACCUGUGGCCGCUGGUUCCGCGCCAUGGCAGGCCUGCGACUACAUCAGCGGGUCCAUGCCCGAGCCAGGACUUUGACACUGCAGCCUCCCAGGUCACCCUCUCCUGUCCCACCCCCACCCCCUGAACCUCAGCAGACCAUCAUGUGCACGGAGCUUGGAGAGACCAUCGCCAUCAUUGAGACUUCCCAGCCACUGGCCCUGGAGGAUACACUGCAGCUGUGCCAGGCAGCACUGGGUGCCAGUGAGGCCAGUGGACUGCUGCAGCUGGACACCGCCUUCGUGUGAGAGUGUGCAAGAGAAAUGACAGGUUCGGUUGCAAGAUUGAGUGUGGGCCCUCGGGAGAAGAGGACCCCUCUGGUGAGCCCACCUGGCACCCACAUGGCAGAGUCCACCCUGCUGGCCUCUUCAGAACAACCCUGCCAGGUUUCUCCUGUCACCUCUCUGCCCACGGUGAAACUGAAGGUCUGUGAAGAGAUGUGAUCUGUCUCAGCCUCCGCUGCUUUGUUGCAGAAACAGGGUUUCCAAGGCUGUUUGCACAGCAUCACCCAGUGCUCAGCAACACCAGGUAACCUUUAUGAGCACCAACCAUAUGCCAGGCCUGUGCCACACACUCUCAUAUACCUCUUCAGAUCUGCUCGUAAACCCACCCCCCAACACACACACCUUCCCCUGGACUUCGGGUGCCUGGGACUUAGCUCUGCUGGGUACAGGAAGGUGCGAAGUUCCUCUGAGCUUGCUUCUUCUCAGUUUUGACGAUAUGAAAAGAAAUCUGUAGGUACCCCCAAUACUCAGCUCAGAUUGGGUGAUGAUGAAGACCCAGGAAUGAACCAGACACAGCUCUGAACUCAGGCAUCCUCUGUCCAGCAGGAGCGACAGACUGAAGUACAGUUUGUCUGAGGGCUGCCACUAGUUCUUUCAGCCUCUGUGCUCAAGGCUUCCCUCACACGGGCCGUGGUGCUACAGGCCAGCGGCAAGUCAGGCCUCAGGAUCUCUGGGCUGUGAUGGGAAAGUGUAGGGACAGUGGGAUCUGAGAAUAGGGAGCAAGCCUCCAUAGGAAAUGAUCAAGAGUGAGAGACUCCUAGUGGCCCAGUUCCUGAAGUAAAAGCAGGAAUCUGCCAGUGGAGAAGAACAUUCCAGACAGGACAUCCAGUUAUAGUUGCAGUGAACACCGACUGCCUGGCAUUCUGAAGCAGGACACUUAGCAUUGUCCAUCAGGCCGGAGAUAGAACGUGUAUGUCAUCCCUCUUGUGUAAGUAAGGAAACAGGAAGUCUCACGCUGGGUAGAGGUGUCGUCAGAUUUGAACGCAGUUCUUAGGACCAUCUGUAUUGUUCUGAGUAAGAUCUAAAGCCCAAAGAUGUCACAUGUCCGGGGUUUAUUCCCCUGGAGAAGGCAGUGUCAUGGAGCAUUUGGGAUUUGAGGGGCCUUGGAAACAGGAAGGGAUCCUGUUUUUCAUAGGGUGUCCUUCCCCUCCCUGAGUAUAGGAGACCAGUAGGGCAGGGCUCCCCCAGGCCUUGGCAGACCAUAAUGCUCCAACAAGAGAAGCAGAAUGUUGCUGGGGCUGGACAUUGUCUGGGAGAUAUGCCCAGGCUUUGGAAGUUGGGGUGAGUCGUUGAAGGCAUGUCACAGGGAGGGUGUCAUGUCUCCCUGGAUCAGAGCAAGAAGAGUGUGAGGCUGGCAGUGGUCCAAGAGAGGAUGAACAGAACUGAGUAGGGACUUUAGGGUCAAGUUGGUAGACCACCUCAGUGACCAGUGAACGAGUAGGUCCAUCCCUUAGCGCAAGUCAGCCAUUCUCACCCUACUUCAUAACUGGCUUGAGCAAAAGGAUAAGGUCUGUCCUGCAGGGGAGACAGGUACCCCUGGGGCUGAUGGAAGUGUCUAGCAGAGCCCAGAAAUCUUAGAAUCCCUCAAGGAUGUGUUCCAAAAUUCCUUUCUGUGCAUCAGUAGACUCCAUCAGGAGGACCCAAAGUUGUUCCCUCCCUUUCUGGAGCCUCCUACCCACUCACUGCUUGGCACCAUGUGGAGAUACCAUUUCCUUCUGCCCAUGGUCCCCACCAUCUGGCUCCAGCAUAUUUUAAAAGUCAAGGGGAAAAUCCAGGCAAGGUGGCACAAGCCUGCAAUCACAGCAUUUGGGAACCUAACGCAAAAUCAUCUCUAGUUCCAGGCAGACUUGGGCUAUAAUUGGAAGACCACCUCAAAAAAGAGAGAGAAACUAAGCUCUCUACCUCAUCCCUAAGAGAAGUGAAGCAAGUGUUUCAGAGUUAAGCCCUGGGAAGAAUCUGCCUGUCCAUACAUACCCACCCCACUGAGUUUACAGACAGACAUUUAGCCUGAGAGACUCCUCAUCCAGGGUCCCACUUGGACCCUGCAGAAGACAUCCCUUUGUUCAAGUCCUGACUUUGCCCCUUACGUUCUGGGGUUUCAAACACUGAACUCCAGUCUCCCUGGUCACCCAGGACAGUCACCCUCCCCCAGCUGAAGCAGCUGGUUUGUGCGAGGUCAUGGGCAGGCCCCACAUCUGUGGUGGAUAAGUACUAGUGCUUUAGGGGUUUCCAGCCUCUUGGUGUCCACCUGUCUAAGGUACAACUUAUUCCAAACCCUGAACCCCCUCACCUCUGUGGAAACAGGCAGCCAGACAGGAAGAAGGGUUUCAUGCCAAUAAUUUAUUGAACGGAGGUCUGUACACAGGCAAACCUUACUGUGGAAACUAAGACACCAGGGGCUCUUCCCUACUCCCUCCUUCCAGGAUGGGGAGAGGGUGGAAGCCUUGGGAGCAGAGGACAAGAGGGGGGUACAGCUGAAGGGGGGCAGGUUGGAUGGUGUGAAUCGACGUUUUUCUUUAAGAAAAAAAUUAUAACAAUCUAUUUACACCCAGGGGGCCAGGGAAGGGAAGAGGAGGUGGGCUGGGCUGGUUCUAUUUACAAGGGACAUGGGGGGGAGGGGGGAGGAGUGGUAGCCUGGGGGAGGGGAGGGGACCAAGGGGGUAGAAGGUCCUCAUACCCCCAAAUCCCCUGUCCAUCCUUCUCUUCCCUCCCCACAACCAGUUAAAAUCCUCUUUAAAAAGCCCCCCACAAAGGUGAGGCUGGUGAGGGAGGGAGGGCCUAGAUGUUGGGGGUAGGAGUUCAUUUACCUCUGCCCUCUAGUCUAGGGGCCCAGCCAGGGCAGGAGCUUGAUGGGCUAUGGCCCCCCUUCCCAGCCCCACUUGGGAGUUCCCAGAUGGAUGUGGAGGGGUAGUUGGUGGGGCCCUCAAGAAGAGUUAGCGAGGGUAGGUGUGGCAUCAGGUGCCUGCCAGUCUGGGCCGGUUUGAGUCUCAGUUAAAGCUGAAGAAGGAGAGGGAAGGAGUGGACAGUUAGCCUUCGCCUCGUACCCCACCCCAUGCCCAUGAGAGCACAAUUUCCUUCAAGACACUAUGCAAGAAGCUGACAGCUGUCCCUUCAGGUUCAGGGCUACAGACUCAGAUGCCAAAGGGCCAGCUUGACACUACAGUGGCUCACAUCAGGGAGCCACCCUCCACAGGAGAAGGGGGCAGCUGGAUAGAGCUCCAGCUGCUGUCAGGAGAAAGGCAGACCACAGCUGCCAAAUCCAAUUUUCUUCCCCAAAGAAACAGGAAAUCUGGUUUUUUAACCAAAAUGGCCCAAUCUUUAAAUGUGGGCAACUUUCUGUUUAUUUGUUCAGACCAAGAAAUGUUUGGUCGUCUAGUUGGCACUUAAACGUGGGCAGUACUGCCCGAUAAAGCUGGCUGCUGACACACUGUAAAUGCGCCUUCUGUGCCAUCAAAUGUCACCGACUGGAAACCUGUAGGAAGCUGCUGUCACCAAGGACAGCCCCCACUUCACAGGCGCUGCUUGAGCCCUCAACACUACACACGUGCUCCCCAGCUUACCUUGUGAGGACGAGGUGAGGGCAGCAGGGCCUGCUGGGGACCUCAAGUGAGGAGGGAUGAGGAUGGCGUUGAGAGACGGUUGGAUGGAGAGCUCUAGACACAGGAAUUCACAUGCCCAGUCAGGGAGAGGCAGGGCAUUCGGAAAGCCAGUUAGGGUUAGGACGGGGUACCCACGGGGACCCAGUUACGGCAAGGCCAGGUGGUUAGCCACGGGACUCCAGUGUAAACUGGAGAAGGCCUUGGCAUCCAGCUACAAUGUGGGAACAUCUGGCUGAGCCCAGGGCCGCCCUGUACCCUCUCAGCUCCCAGUCCUGUCUCUCCACAUCCCCCCAACAACUCCUCGAGGCCCAAGCUGUGCUCUCACCACCAGGACUGAAGUUGAAGAGGGGGGGAAGCGGGCGGUUGUUGGGGAGCUGGGUUCCGAGACACCGCAGUUCAUCAAAGAAGCUGUGGGCACAGGCCUCUAGUGGGGAGAGCCUUGAGGAUGGAGUGUACUCCAGCAGGCUCGAGCAGAGCGCAAUGGCCUCAGGUGGUGUCCGAGAUUUGAACACCUGUGGGUAGAGUUAAGUGGGUGGGUGCUGUGGCCCCAGUGUGGUGUGCCUCAUAGUGCGUACCCGUGGCUGCCUGCCUCCCUGACAAUCCAACUCCCCAAUAAGGAAACAGGCAUAAACACUGAGCUGGGUUUCCUUGCCACUACAUAAAUGGGAAUCUUGUAUUUACCUAUGGGUUCUCAACUUUUAAAAUUCCAUAAACUUCAAAAUCUGAAA